CUGCCGAGUCCAAAUCCCUCCAGUAUCUGAACUCUAAAGUCUUCGCCCCUGUGGGAAGAAAAAUUAAGGCGGAAGGCGCGUAGUGUAGAGGCAGCGACGUUACAACAGCAACACACAGAUUUCAGAUCCAAACCUUCUCUAAAACCAAAAAUAUACCAACGCACACACACACACACACAAGCUCUCUCUCUCUCUCUCUCUCUAUCUCUUUCUUUCUCUCUCUUGCGGCACUUGAAUUCAAUUCUCAGUCCAAUUGAAUUCUAGUUUAUCAGAUCCAAUCAUCAGCUCAAUUUACAUUCCUCCUCCUGCGUUGAUCUCUCUUUAUCCAUAUCUACAGAUUUAUCAGCUGAUUUUCUUCCAUCCACACCUGAUUUUCUUUGUGUGUGUGUGUGUGUGUGUGUAUAUAGAGAUUUUUUUAGUUAGAUUAUUUUUUUCAGUUUUAAAUGAAGACGAAUAUGAAUGGAAUGGUGGAAUGCAGCGUCUGCCAUUCCAAAUUGGUGUCUCCGAGCGCUAAAACAGUGUCUAAGGCGUACGAUCGCCACCGGAAUGAUAUUUCGCUGAAAACUCGCGCCUUUAACAUCUUCCUAGUUGGUGGCGAUUGCGUUUUAGUCGGCUUACAGCCUAUAUUGGUGUAUAUGUCAAAAGUCGAUGGGAGUUUCAAGUUCAGUCCAAUUAGCGUGAACUUCCUGACUGAGGUUACAAAAGUCGUCUUUGCAGUUCUCAUGCUCUGUUUUCAGGCACGGCAUCAAAAAGUGGGAGAGAAACCCCUGCUCUCUGUCUCUAUAUUUUUCCGGGCUGCUCGUAAUAAUAUGCUUCUGGCUGUUCCUGCUCUGCUUUAUGCUAUAAACAACUAUCUGAAGUUUACCAUGCAGCUAUAUUUCACUCCUGCAACAGUUAAGAUGCUGAGUAACCUGAAGGUUUUGGUUAUCGCAGUUUUGUUAAAGAUAAUAAUGAGACGUCGCUUUUCCAUAAUUCAGUGGGAGGCUCUUGCACUGUUGCUUAUUGGAAUUUCAGUCAAUCAGCUGCGCUCUCUACCAGAGGGUUCUAGUGCUAUGGGUCUUCCAGUGGCAACAGCUGCUUAUUUAUACACAUUAAUUUUUGUAACUGUUCCUUCAUUGGCUUCAGUCUACAAUGAGUAUGCUUUGAAGAGCCAAUUUGAGACUAGCAUUUAUCUUCAGAAUCUAUUUCUGUAUGGUUAUGGUGCAAUAUUCAACUUUCUUGGAAUACUUGGGGCUGCCAUUUUCAAAGGACCUGAUAACUUGGAUAUCUUGCGGGGACAUUCAAAGGCAACUAUUUUUUUAAUAUGCAACAAUGCAGCUCAAGGGAUCUUAUCCUCAUUUUUCUUCAAAUAUGCAGAUACAAUUUUGAAGAAGUAUUCGUCAACUGUUGCAACAAUUUUUACUGGGAUUGCAUCUGCAGCAUUGUUUGGUCAUACUUUGACAAUAAACUUCAUCUUAGGAAUCUCCAUUGUAUUUAUCUCCAUGCAUCAGUUUUUUUCACCCCUUUCAAAGGUCAAGGAUGAAGUACAGAAUGGUGGUAUGGAAAUGAUGAAAACUCAACAUAACUUUAGGUCUAAGGAUGCAUCCUUUGUGGACAUGGCAGCUGGGGCUCAUGACGAGGUAAGACUCCACUACUGCAUGCUUAGAAUUUACGUAUAUAUAUGGAUUCACUUAUUACAUGCACAUGUGAUUUCUCUCUUAUCAAUUUUACAGGCUAGCCAUCGAGUGGAACAUGAUGAAAGAACCCCUCUCCUUCCACUAUAGAGUACUUAUAGGAAUACUACUGGGAGCAACAUUCAUUGGUUGUUGACACUAGAGUUGAGAAUUGGACCGGUCAAUAGAUUUUAGUACAAAGACAACAGGGAUUUUCUCUUCUUCCCUUUGGAAAGCUGCUAGGAUUCUGUUCCGUGAGAGUCCGCCCAGUUGUGCAGCAUCAAAGCACACUGAAAUAUACAUACAAGGAUGGAUGUCUUGAUUCCAUGGUAAUGUGCCCGGAUCGUUUUAUUAGUAAAAACACUGCUGUGACUCAUCUGUACAAGGGACAGUCAAAUUGUUAUCAACAUGCAUUCCUUCAAUUUUAUUACGAGUAUCAUUUACAAAUUUUGUGUCCUUUAGGCAGCUGAACCAAUUGAUGUACAUCUGAUCUGAUGAGAAAUGCUACUGCGAAUGUCCUCAUAUCACGCAAACUGUCAUAUUGAUACAUGAUUAGAUUUCAAUUAGCACAAUGGACGAAAUCUAAUAUUACUUGGUGGAUCCCAUAUUUGCUAUAUUUUGCA